GCAGCAUGGAGGCUGGGCACAGAGCCGCCCGAAAAGGCCGGAAACUGGGCUCCAGCCGGCGGCGGCAGAUCCGGGAGCCCGCUGCUGGCCAGGAUGCCCCUGUGGCCCCAGGGUCCUGGCCCUCCCAGGCGGCGGAGGAGCUGCAGGGCUUCUUCCAGGCCAGUGGAGCCGCGGAGAGGGGCUUUGUCACCCGCGAGGACCUGGCGGUGGCCAAGUUCAGCUUCCUGGGCAGCGAGGAGGAGCCGGAGAUGAUCUUUGACUGGGUGGAUGUGGAGCGGAAGGGACACCUCUCCCUGGAAGAAUUCAGCUCUGGGCUGAAGAGUAUCUUUGGCUCCAGCCCGAGCACCCAGAGGGUCCGCGGAAGGAGGCCACUGUCAUCCAAGCGAGGGUCCACGGCCACCAGCUUCCCCGUGCUGGAGGAGGCGGACGCGGAGGAGAAGGAGGCGUUUCUCGCCUUCAUGGAGCAGCUGGGGGGUGACCCCUCACUUCCUGAGCAGGAGAUCUGGCAGCUGUGGGGGAAGCUGAGGCAGGAGGAGCCCCAGCUGGCGGGCAACCUGGAGGGCUUCCUGGCGCAGAUGACCAGCCGCCUGCAGGAGGCACGGGCCGAAAAGGAGGCUCUGGAGCUGACCCUGAGGAAGCGGGACUCUGACCACCAACGCGAGGUGCAGCAGCUGUACGAGGAGAUGGAGCAGCAGAUCGGCCGGCAGAAGCAGCAGCUGCAGGCCAAGAGCGACUCCCGGGACCUGGCCCUCAGCUCCCAGAUGCAGGAGGUCCUGGAGGCCAAGGAGCGUGAGGUGCAGCAGCUGGCCGAGGGCCAGAGGGAGCUGGAGGCUGAGCUCCAGCGCCUCAGCAGCGCACACCGGGAGGCCGGCUCCGAAAAGCUGCAGCUUCGGGAGGCCCAGCGGGACCUGGCUGGGCGGCUGGAGCAGGUGCAGGAGCAGCUGCAGAUGACCCAGGGGCACCUGAACUUCGCCAGGAGCCGCGUGUCCUGGCAGGUGGAGGAGGAGCCGAGUGUCCCCAGAGCAGGUGAGGACCAGGCUCCCGGCCCUCAGGCAGUCUCCUCUGAGGAGGCGCCCCUGCCGGGACUGUUUGAGGACAAUGACGACUGGGACCGGCUCCUGAGCAGCUUCAACAGCCCCUGGCACAGAACCCCACAGCUACUGUGGAGCCCGCCCGCGACCCCCACAGCCCCCUCAGCCCCCCAGACACCCCGAGUGGUCAGGCAGAUCUCCAUCUCAGAGCAGCACGAUCUGCUGUUUGAUCGGGAGCCAUCUUCAGAUGCCAAUGGGGCCCCAGGGAGCCCCCCCGGGGUGACUGCCAGGCCCGAGGAAGGGAGAGCAGUGGACCCCGGUGGGCAGGACCUCAGGGCAGAGCGGCCCGCGGAGCGUCGCAGCGAGCACCCUCAGGAAGGGCCCGGGCCUGGCCCAGAGACCCACUUCUUUGGGGAGUCAUUUCUCCCCGCGGCUCCAGCUGGGGAGUCAGGGGGCCUGGUGGCAGCUGCACUCGAAGUGCUUGUUCCUCUGGGGACUGGCUCCCCUCCCCAGGGGACUUCUCCCCCUGCUCAGUUCCCAGCUGGGCCCAGCACACACUUCCAGACCUCAGCCCCAGAUGAUAGGCACUCCUGGACGGGGCCUGUCCCAGCCAAGCCACCCAGGCAGAGGGAGGCCCUCCACCAGGGCCCUCGUACUGCGGGCUACACGCCGGGACUGGAGCCCAGAGGAGCCAGAGUCCUCCCAGCAGGAGUGGCUGAGCCCUCGCAAAGUCUGGAGGCUGUGGGUCAGGCUCUCCUGGGUGAGUCCUCAGAGGGUCUGGAGGGUGUGGCUGAGGCUCCCCUGGCUGAGCUCUCAGAGGGUGGUGUGGCUGAGGCUCCCCUGGCUCAGCCCUCAGAUGGUCUGGAUGGUGUGACUCAGUCCCCCAUAAAGGGCGUGGUACAGCAGGGUGAGCUGGGCCCAGAUGUGCUGCAGGGCCGUCCCGGGGGGCUAAGGGAAGCUCGGAGCCAGGUCCAGCUAAGCAGGCUGCCUGCCCUCUCUCAGCAAAGUCAGGAGGAGGAACCCAGGGAGGAGGAGGGGAAAUGGGGGGGCCAGGGCAGGCCAGGCCUCAGUUCAGAGCAGCCCUCUGAGUCUCGGGGCCUGAGGACCGGGCCCUCGGAACGCCCCCAGCGAAGUUCCCUGCCCGCCCCUCUCCCACCUGACACAGCGCAGGCUCAGGCUGAGGCAGAAGGCCCUGCUCCUGGAAGACCGUCCCCUCCAAGGGACUCUCCCCCUCGGGGGGCUCAGCCUGGGGGCGGGGCAGGGCCCCAGCCGCCCACGAACACCCUGCCCAGCACAGAGGCUGCGCUGGAAGCCCAACCCAGGCCGCCACCCACAGCUGCUCAAGCGGAGGGAGAACAAGGCCCCCCACAACCCCGUGAGCCUCGGGCAGAGAACAGGCCUGAAGACCCAGGAACAGGCUCCGGGGAGGCUGGGCUGACCCCCUCCCCAGGGGGCGCCACGGGCAGCGAGCCUCCAGCCGACCCUGAUUACAUCUACCACAUCAUCUUCCUGGGAGACUCGAACGUGGGCAAAACAUCCUUCUUGCACCUGCUGCACCAGGACACCUUCGCCUCUGGGCUGACAGCCACUGUGGGAGUGGAUUUUCGGGUCAAAAACCUGCUGGUGGACAACAAGUACUAUGCGCUGCAGCUCUGGGACACCGCUGGCCAGGAGAGGUACCACAGCAUGACGCGGCAGCUGCUCCGGAAGGCUGACGGUGUGGUGCUCAUGUAUGACGUCACAUCCCAGGAGAGCUUUGCCCACGUGCGCUACUGGCUGGACUGUCUCCAGGACGCGGGGGGUGUUGGAGUGGUCAUUCUUCUCCUGGGAAACAAGAUGGACUGUGACGAGGAGCGGCAGGUGUCCACCGAGGCUGGGCAGCAACUGGCCCAGGAGCUGGGGGUCGCCUUUGGAGAAUGCAGCGCGGCCCUGGGUCACAACAUCCUGGAGCCCAUGGUGAACCUGGCCAGGUCGCUCAAGAGGCAAGAAGACCUCCUGAAGGGCUCACUGGUGGAGGUGGCCCUGGAGAGGCCGCCGAAGAAAGCUGGCUGCUGCUCCUGACCAGCUGGCCUGGCUGGGAGGGCCCCCCUCGGGUUCCCUGUCCCGCCUGCCUGGACAGCAGCAUCGGAGGCCCAGCUCGGAAGAUCCAGAGAAUCCUCCCUGUUCAGGGCUCGGACCCCAGGGCCGGGGCUGCACUAGCGCUGCCCUUCGCUCCAGCUCCCGGAAGAAGGACUGUGCUGAGCAAAUAACCUUGGGGUGGGCGACUCUUUAAAGAAACGAAAAGUCUAGACCAGUGGUCGGCAAACUCAUUAGUCAGCAGAGCCAAAUACCAACAGGACAACGAUUGAAAUUUCU